UUUUUUGUCAAUAAAGCUCGCGGAGGUUUCGUCGCUUUAUUUACGUAAAAUAUUACUUAAAACCCAGUAAUAGUUUAUAAAAAUGGCUGAAAAGCCGCCAGAUGAGGCUUAUAUAUCUGUGGUGGAUGAAGAGCCGGAGAUUUUGGAACUUCUGAAGUGGGAUACGCCUGCUAUUCAAAAGCAGCAUGACCAAACACCAGUAGUUAAAGAAAAAACAGCGGAGAAAAGAAGUCUUAAGGCACUAGAAAUGGAUCCUUUCGAUCUUCCGGAUCCAACCUUCAUAGAAACCUACAGGUUAUCCAAGGAUUUGGUACGGAGUCUUUGUGAGGAGCUGAAACCUAUUAUGCCAGAUUCCACAAAAACUGCCGAGUUUUCUGUCGAGAGCCGGGUUUUGGCGACAUUAGCCUUUUACGCCACAGGGAAAUAUCUCAAGUCGAUAUGUGGUAAGACAGACCCUAACAUCACACAUUACUUCGUACCUGCUGCCCUGAUCCAGGUUACGGAGGCUAUGAACCAUCCCACAAUUGUAAAAAAGCAUAUACAUUUUCCACAUUUGAGACAAGAGCGAGAUGUUGUUAAACAUAGGUUCUACAUGAAAUAUGCGGUGCCAAAUGUAGUUGGCUGUAUAGAAUGUAUGCACGUGCCGAUUGCUAAACCGGAUGAGGAUCAGAAGGGCCACUUUAACAAGUCUUACCAUUCUAAAAAAGUACAAAUCAUCUGCGAUAGCGAUCUGAUGAUCCUCAGCGUGGACCCGAGCCCCGGUUCGAGCACGCACGACGGUAUCCUGGAGCGACACGCCGUCAAGGUCGACCUGGUCAGCCUCAACCAGACUGAGCAGUGCUGGCUUAUAGGUGGUCCCUACUACUCGUUGAAACCAUACCUGAUGACACCAAUACCGAAAAUACCAAAGAAGUCUCCAGUUUCACCGGAAAAAUACUAUAACAGUAUGCAUUCACAAGUACACAGUGCUGCGACGGACACUUUGAAACAUUUGAAGACUCGGUGGAAAUGUCUCCAGGCGACUUGCAACAAACAGUUCGACCCUGCAACAGUGUCAAUGAUGAUUGUGGCUUGUUGCAUUCUACACAACAUGUGCAACAGAAGGGGUCUAACCAUCACACCGAUGACACAAACCGAAGAACGUCUAGAAGUUAUGAAGCAGAAAGUAGCAAAUGGACCGAUCUCAAAGAAAUUGAACACAGAUGAAAAUGGGUUGAGAGUGAGAGCUGAAUUGGUGCAACGGUUAUGGAAUGAAAGGAGUUUAGUGCCAGAGAAUAGUGGUCCGAAGAAACGGAUGUCGAAGAAAGACCGGUUGUUGGAUAGGCAACCUAACCAUACACCUAAUAUUAGUCAGGAGCAGGUUUCAAUACAGCUCAGCAGUAGUUCGACUCAGCAGAGUCAUUUGGCCCCUCCGGAUGACGCGAGUAAGAGGCCUAGAAUUGUUAUGAAUCAAGCGCCUACGUACAGCUUGAUGCAACCGGUGUGGGGACAUUACCCACAACACCACUGAAAUGGAGUUCCACCACUUAAACCGAUUAUUAUUAUUGCGUAUGGCAAAAAAAAAAACAAUUAUCCUGGGUGGAUCAUCAUCAUCAUCAGCCCAUUAACGUCCCCAAUGCUGGGGCAUGGGCCUUUCCUAUGGAUGGAUAGGGAGAUCGGGCCUUAAACCAUCACGCGGGCCCAGUGCGGAUUGAUGGUUAUUAACGACUUGCUAAUGCAGCCGGGACCAACGGCUUAACGUGCCUUCUGAAGCACGGAGGAGCUCGAGAUGAAUUUUUCUUUUUUUGUGGUUACCCAUCCUAUGAUCGGCCUUUGCGAAAGUUGCUUAACUCCAACAAUCGCAGACCGAGCGCGUUUACCGCUGAGCCACCGAGCUCCUCAUGGAGUGGCGUGGAUCAUAUGUCCAGUUUAAGGUCCCUCAACCAAAUCCCUGCCACACGGUGCAGCAGGAACCUUCCGCGUGGGAUCUCGAAUAAGGUCCGAAUUUGUGCAGUUGAAUAUGUUCCAACCUCCAUGUAUCUUCCACACUGAAUUGGCUUCUCAUGCGCUCAUCGCUCCAGAUCGGUGACUUUGAUGGAAGGCGUGCGCUGGGCAGAUUAUCCGACGUGUCCCUUAUUGGCAUGGGACCAGAGUGGUUCAUGUAGGACUUACCUACGUAGCUCAGAUGGUGAAAUAUGAACCAGGACUGGAAUUCAAGGGUGGAUCCUAUCACUUCCGUUAUAAGGCACAUUACUUCAUGUAACCGAGUGUCGACCUUGUAUGUGAUUAAGAUAAAGAAUAAACAAGCGUUAAAAUAGUGAUGUGUUAUGCUUUUUUAAAUAAGUGCUCUAAAAACAACACAUUUACACAAUGAACUUGGCCGAUUUAAAUAUUUCCAAACGAAAUAUCUUAUUAUUAUGAUUGUAACCCGCAGUGGAAAAGCGUGGUGGAGUAUGCUCCAUACCCCCUCCGGUUGAUUGAGGGGAGGCCUGUGCCCAGCUGUGGGAUACAUAGGCUGUUUACGUUAUGUACUUUAUAUUUUUAGAGAUUUUUUUUUUUUUAAGCAAACUUGGUUAUACUUAUCGAACUUUUAUGCAAAUAUAAGUAAGAUUUUAAAUAUGCAAUGCGUAACUAUUAUUUCGUAAUUUCGUGCCAAAAGUACACAAUGAAACUGCCCUAAAUAAUCGAUUUAUAUCAUGUUAGUAUAAAGGGUGUUAGUGACAUCGUAUCGAAACCUUUGAGGGAUGAUUCAGACCACGAUUCCGAGUGGUUACCAAGUAUAUAAUAGAAAAACAUGAAUUAUGCGACGGGCAAUUCCACUUGAUAUUUAUUCGUGCAAAACAACAUAUCAUCAUCAGCCGUACGACGCCCACUGCUGGGCAUAGGCCUCCCCCAAGGAUCUCCACGACGAUCGGUCCUGCGCUGCCCGCAUCCAGCGGCUUCCCGCGACCUUCACCAGAUCGUCGGUCCACCUUGUAGCGGGCCUACCCACUGAGCGUCGUCCGACACGCGGCCGCCACUCCAGAACCCUUCCGCCCCAGCGGCCAUCGGUUCUCCUCGCCAUGUGUCCUGCCCACUGCCACUUCAGCUUUGCAAUUCUCCGAGCUAUGUAUUUAUGGUUUUCUCUGACCAUAGACUAAUUUAAUUAUAAAUAGAAAAACUCCUCCAGAGCAUCACACCGAGGCAAAGUGCCCAAAAUCACUUGAUAUUAACUCAGAAUCAUGGUCAGAAUCAUCCCCUCAAUAUUCGUUACGGUAUCCCUAACACCCAUACGUACUUGUAUGGCUACCUGUACGUACCCGUCAAAUUCAUCCCUCAAUUUUCGUUACGAUGG